AUGAAUAACAAAAUAGAUAGAAGCGCGCUUCCCCGGCGCCAAUCGUGCGAUCGAUGUCACAGACAGAAGCUGCGAUGCGUCCGUCAGGGUAGCAGCAGUACGACCGGGGUGUGCGACCGGUGUCUUCGUCAGGGAGCCCCUUGCGUGUAUAGCUUCAGUCUACCCAAGGGACGCCGCAGCACGUAUGCGGGGAAUGCAGGCGCACCAUCUGAUUCUCCUACAUCACGAUCUGCAAGAGCGAACCCCACAUGCACACCUACAUACUCACCCAACCUGGCACCAGAGCUACCAGCAGAAACAUCAUCGGAGCCAGUAUCUGCCGCUAGAACACCUCUCUUGCCGAUCCCUGAGCAUCGGAACGUCAAUGCCCGUCCUUCUUUUCUGCAACUCGAGGAGACCGGCCACGAAGCGCUCCGUAGCAUGGCAUGGCUGGAAAACGUGGAAUUUGGUUUGGAUGCAAUGGGAACAUCGACAACACAUGGAACGGAUGUCAGCGAAACACAAUGCCACACUGGCUUUGAGGCAUUUCUCAACGGCACCGGCUUCGAAGACAUACAUAUGUCCGACAUCGAGAACAUGAGCUCCUGGUCGGAACAAGAAUCAGUGAAAGAGGUUUAUCUCAGACACCAUGGAAUAUCAACAGACCAGGAACCUGUCUCUCGACCACGGAGUCAGAAUCAUGAGCAUCGUCCCCGUCAAGCUCUGGAGAAUCCUACACCCCCAGAGUAUACGCGAGAUAAUAUUAACCUCGUAUGUAUUGACGACGGCAUUGCUCAGCUGUCCCAACUGAGCUCUCAUCUCUAUACCCUAUAUCGUGCUAGCUACGACCUAACAGCGACAAUCGGGUCUUGCGGCCCAGAGUCACGACGGGUUCCUUUGUUUGAUGAUCAAGCCUUAAUUUCCGCAACAACCUGGCUAUCCGCCCCUAAUAUCAAUAUCAAUACCUAUCCGCCGAGAUCACCCUCUCUUGCCCUGAUAGGACCGGCAGCCGGACCGCUAUCCACGCCUACAACGCCCGAAAACACCCUCAUCAACACAUUAUCAGCCUCCCAUUACCUUCUGCAGGUCCUGCAUCAACUACAAUCGCUUUCGAUUCCCACCACCCAAGGGCCACCAUAUCCCGACCUCGACGAGGAUGUGGGCAUCCAAAAGACGUCACGACUGAGAUCAUCAUCCCUCUCAUCUACGACUACCAACUCUUCUGGCGGUAUGCGCGACUCGGGCGGAAGCCAGCAUUCUGGUACCGUCAUCCGCCAUUUAAUCAUCGCUUGCUACAGCCUGGUGCUCAGAAUGUGGAGUGCACUGUUGGUCGCCUUACAACAUGAUGCAGAACUAUCCGCCGAAUCAACGUCGUUCCCAAAUACCGGUAAGCUGGACAGAGAGGCCGACGAAGACACACCCCAGACAUCAGUACUUGCCAAUAUGCGCCUAGUCCUUGUCGUUCAUCUGAGUUCGUAUCUUGUGGACCGUUUACGAAACGCCUUGCACACGUAUCUUGCAUUGAAAGCAACAGGUUCGGCCGAUCAGGGUUUGAGCGAAUUGGAAUCGGAGUUCCGGCAACUCCUGAGGCGAUUGAGGCGUACUCUACAUAGUUGA